CGUAAUUAUUAUACAUGUGUACAUAGAGAGAGUAAACUUUAACGGUAAACAUUUUCACGCGCGAUCAGUGUACACACAUCGGCCGCGGCGGACGCGACGUUUCACUAUUCCGUCGGGACGACGAUAUCCUAUACUAUAUAGUGAGUCUGAAUAUUAAUCUCCUAACCGCCGUUUGUAUAUUAUUGUUUAGGUUUAAUGAUGGAGCAACAAUAUCCCGUCACUACAACAUCUACAACAAUGGAUGAAACACUGUUCGAAUAUAAAGGUGGAUUAGCAGAUGAUUUGAAGUUUCUCGCGGCAAUCCCAGAAGUGUGCGACGUUACGUUUUUAGUCGGUGAAACACGGGAACCGGUGUGUGCAGUUAAAGCAAUACUCGCGGCUAGAAGCCGAGUGUUUUAUAAAAUGUUAUAUGACACGAAUGGUAAACAACUACAACACCAACAACACUCAAUUGGAGGUAGUUCAUCGAAACGCAGUGGUGGCUUAAUAAAGCAAUUAUCUGGUGCCGCAAGUGGAAGUCAAAACUCUCAACAACAAAAUAGGUUGAGAAUGUUGUUAAAACGUAGUUCAGAACCAUUGAUUCAACACAACCAUCAACAACAGUAUCAAUCACGGCAACAGCAAAAAUCACCACCGAAUAGGAACAGCAUUAAGAACAAUAGCAAAAUGGCGGCUGCCGGAUCCAACGCCUCGACAUCUUGGUCGAAGUAUAAAAGAGGAAGUGCCGUCGGAACUGCAGCGGCAGCGUUAAGCAAUGUCGGGAAUGUAACGUCGCCAACAGUGAUAGUAAUCGAAGAAUUCGAUGCCGACGUGUUCCGGCAGUUGGUAGAAUAUGUACACACUGGUUGUGUUACAUUACAACCACGGACGUUACUGGGCGUGUUGAAUGCGGCCGACUGUUACGGACUGGACGAGCUGCGGGCCGCCUGUACGGGUUUCGCCGACACGGGCGGCGGCAUCACUGUGGACACAGCUUGUGCGCUAUUGGCGUCUGCCGAACGUUACAUCCACUACAAGUGCACCAAAUCGCUGGUGCAAAAAGUGCUCGAGUUCGUAGAUGUGAAUGGCGGACGCGUGCUCACACUUGGAUCGUUCACAUUAUUGCCGCAACACGUGGUCCGACUUAUACUGUCACGGGACGAGUUACGAGCUGAUGAACUGACAAAAUUCCAGGCUGCGCUGAUGUGGGCGAAGAAAUAUGCCGCCGACGCUGCUGACAACAACAAUGCUGAUUCCGAAGAUGCAGAUUGGCGUUCUCUGUUUAGGGAACACUUUGCGCCGAUCAUCCAAUAUCAUAAGAUCGCGGCGAGUGUAAUUUUAGAAGAAAUCAUGCCGUUAGGGGUGGUUCCUGAUCGAGACUUACUGUCGGCGCUUGCUUAUCAGGCCGACCCGAACAGCGUGCGGCUGGACUCCAUCACUGGGACCGGCGACCGCGAUCAGUUGCGGUGCGGUCGGCGCCGGACGCGGUCCAUGUCGGUGCAGAGCGGCGGUGCUGGCGGCGACGAGGACGACAUGCAGUCGGGCUAUCAUCAGGUGAGCGUCGCGGCCGGCCCGUCGACCACGUCCAUCAGCGGCGUCGGUCAUCAGCCGGCCGCUACGCCAACGCUGAGCAGCGGCGGCAGUGGCGGCAGCGCGGACGUCGCGGGCCGGCACAACCAACGGCCGCCGCCGCCCAGACGCCGGCGGCGCACCUCGUCGUCCGCGCACCAGCACCAGGGACAGCAAAAACCCCACCACCGCCACCACCAUCACCACCAUCACUACCGGCCGCUCAACCGGCACAACCUGUCGUCGGACUCGACCAACAGCCGAAGUUGCUGCACGAGCGACGACGACUCGGCGGACGACCUGACGUCGUCUUAGACGUCAACCGCCGCCGCGGCUUCUUCCCUGCAAUCGCAACACAGAUGCGCAGGAUUAUUGGAAACGAAUUAUCCGACGAUGCACUUGUCCCCACUUCACUCGAUCACUGGCCGUGUGACUGCUGUCCAUCUGGGCAUAUAUGUAAAUACGUCGAAUGCGGACACUUCGGCACUUGGACGUUGUCACCGUCUUACACGCGUACGACAUGGACGAAACGCGUUUAGCAGAACUAGCUAAAUUUUGGUUUAACGGCAUAAAUAUACCCGUUAUAAAAUUAAAAGAUGACAAUAUUUCGGAGGGCAAGACGCCGAGUUUUUUCCAAUAUUCCCGAUAUUGCGUUCAUCGUAAUCGUAUAGAGUACGUGAAAAUUUCAAAAUUUUUAAAUAACCUCAACGUCUUGCGCUCCGAAAUAUUGUCGUCUUUUAGUUUUAUAAUAGGUAUAUUUACUCUAAAACCAAAAUUGAGCGAGUUCUAUUAGAAUUGCGUAAACGCGUUUUAUCCAUGUAGUGCGUGUGUAAGACGGAGAUAACACAUGCGGGUGCGACGUUCUCUUAAUAUAAUAUAAUAUUCUUAUCUCAGUCCGUGCGGGUACGCGUACCGUCGUCUUUAUCGUCGACCGCUGUGGAAGAGCUAAAAAAUUAGCAGUCGAUUACCGCGUGACGGAUAUGCGUGGAAUGAAUGCAUUUUAGUUUCCGACUGCACAUUUGUGAUACUCGGUCACGCGAGCAAAAGAAUGCUCAUAUAGGUGUACUAUUAAAUAAAUAUUCGGAACGUUACUAUUAUUCUAUUUUUAAUGUUUCGCAUACCUAUAUAAUGACAUUAUGUUACUCUGAACCGAAAAACUAAAAAUAUUUAAAUAUUUUUAAUCGGAUGAAUCGUUUUGAAUAAUCCUGUACUAUGCCCUAACCCUUAAAAUUACACGAAUCUAACUAUACAUUCGACGAUGUUAGAAUCUUUAGGACGUUACUUUUUUUUCCACCAACAUUAUAUCUCGUGAUCUCGUUUAAUAUUAUUAUUUAAUUAUUUUCUUAUAUACUUCAUUUAUACUAUACCAUUAACUGCCAUUCACCUCUGUAUGAAUAAAUUUUACAGUCAGCGCGGUAUGUAAUAAUUCCAGAGGGGGAGAAAUGAUUAUAUUAAAAUAUACCUACUGAUAAGUUAGAAAAGUGCACUUUACGAGCUUGGUUCAUGAAAAUCGAGUACAUUUUUUUGCUAUAUAUAAAAUAACCAUUGGUUACUGUAAUAAUAUUAAAAAAAAAAAUUGGUAUAGUCCAAUAUAAUUAGCCAAUAUACGUUAACAUAAGAUUUUUUUUUUUAAAUAAGGGAAAAUAAUAUUAAAUAUCUAUUUGUCAUUCAAAUAUACGACAAAAAGCGUAUGUUUGUAGUUUAUUCAUUUAACUAUGUAUAUUAGCUUAUUACUCAAAAAUUACACGUUCAAUUCUGAAGAAAGUUUCAGAGAUUAGUUUUUUAGACAUAUCGCUGAUAUCAGAGAAGUUUCGAAAGUAGUUUGGACCAUCAUUGGAAAAUAUACUAUUUUACUAUAUCCAAUUUGCCACAAGCAGAUUACCCAUCUCUAUCGUAUUAAUUCACAAGGUGAAGUAUACACAGAUACUGAUGCCAAUUUUCCCAUGAACUAAGAUACACUAAAACCGAGAUAUGUGUUUCAUUAAAAUAUUUGUCAGAGAAACUUAAUAAAACGUAAUCUAUAUAAGUUUAUUUAGCGCGGUAAUAUUUGAUCAGUCAGUAAUUUUAACAUAACUACUCUCUCUCUCUCUCUCUCUCUCUCUCUCUCUCUACUGACUACUAAAGUACUGUGUACUCGCUAAAGACGACUUUUAACUGGUAAUAUUAUUUAAUUAUAACUUAGAUUCGAUUACACUUCAAAUAUAAAAUAAAUGUAUUGCAGUACCAACACAUUAUGAAAAUAACAAGGUUAUAUAUUUU